AUGGAGUGGGACCACACCAACGAUAUUUCAAGUAAAGUAUUGACACUUGUGUCACAGAUCAGGUCUUUUCCAAACGAAAAACAUGUCAUGUUCUCGUCAUGGACGUCAAGUCUCGAUAUGGUGGAGAAAGCGCUUGGGUAUGACCCAAACCACAUCAUUGAAUCAGUCCGAAUCGACGGAAAAGUGCAGCUGAAGAACCGCAGCCAUGCUAUACAGCAGCUCCACCACAAUUCUAGCAUAAGCGUCAUAAUGAUCACGAUUGCUUGUGGUGCAUGUGGUUUGGACCUAACGGCAGCUUCGAGGGCACACCUUCUCGAGCCGCAAUGGAAACCAUCUCUCGAAGGUCAAGCACUUGCUCGAAUCCAUCGAUUAGGGCAGACCCGUCCCGUGACAACCAUACGCUAUGUAAUGGAAGACUCGUUUGAAGAGCACAUUCUCAAAGUCCAAGAUCGCAAGAAGCUGCUCGCCACCACUCUAUUGUCAAAUGGCUCUUCCCUCGAGGUAAGCAAUGGAUAUGCCAGCAUGGACGGAUUAGCAAAAAUAUACUAA